AUUUCAGUUAUCCCCUUAAACCUCGUUUAGGGUUUCGAUAUAUAUUUUCCGAUAAUGUCUUUCACCGUUGAGUUUCCUUUGUUUCUCCUGUAAGAAUGGUCUACGCAUAACCAAGGCCCGUAAGUGCGAAGUUUGUCGUCUUAGCUGUCCGGAUUAUGAAGGCCACGAAGGAGAUCCACUGCAGCAGAAAGUGUACGCGAUAAUUUAAUUUGCUAGGCGCACACUUUUUCGGAUGAGGUUCGGUGCGGUCGAGUUACUGUUGCUGUAGCGUUUAGCAGCGGGGCUGGGAUGUCGUACAGCCCGUCUAGCUACAUGGAAGGGGUUCCGGUGAAGAUAUCGGAGCGGUUUAAACCACCGCCAAAGAUUGUGCUCCCGCAGGGGGUAGUGAACCGCCUGCAUCAGUACGACGUGGGGCAAGUAUUGCGGGAGAGCUGCUACGAAUGCGAACUCGAAGAUACAGUACUUAAGCGGAUCAACGAGUGGAAAGCGAUCAGGGAACGCGAGCGAUGCGAACGCAGGGCCCGACUGCAGCUACGGGAACAGGAGCAGCUACGAUUCAUCGAAGCUGAGCAGAAGAGAAAGUUGAAUCAAAUUUCGUACCCCAACACGGACGAACUGUCCAGCGCAAGCGACGGGUCGGACGAAGAAGACGAGGAGGACAACGAUGAAUCUGCACCUUCCGGUUCGUCGGACGAGCGUGGCAAUGUGAAACCGUUCGAUCAUAUGAGCCAGUUCGACUCGAUACUGGUACCGACUGUGAUACGGGACGCAGUACCUAGUGCUGCGGACACGCAAAACUACCCCAAUGUCCCUGCUAAUGCUAACUUCAUUCCAAAGACGACACUGGCCGGUACGGACACACCGGCACUAGCGAAUGCCACCCUCGGGAGCAACAACAAUAACAAUAACAAUAAUUAUAACAAAAUCAAUUACUCGGACUUCGAGAACGAUACCUCGAGUCCGUUCGAUAAUAUGGAGCUGCGAACGAUUAACGAUCUGGACAUUUUGGCGCAAGUAUUAAAGCAAAACACGACGCUCGCCAGCCCGUCGAACGAUGUUCCCAAGAAUGUUACCGAAAGUGUGAGGCCGAACGACUCCCAGGAGGCACCGGUGGAAGUGAAAGAGCAGGCAACGUAUCCAUUAGCAACGACGGAUUCCUUUUCUCCUCAACUUGGGCAAUCACAGCAGCAGCAGCAGCAACAGUACCAGCAGCAGCAGCAACAGUACCAGCAGCAGCAGCACCAAGAGCAACAGCAGAAGCAACAACAACAACAGCAACAACAACAACAGCAACAACAACAACAACAACAGCAGCAGCAACAACAACAGCAGCAGCAACAACAACAACAGCAGCAGCAGCAGCAUUUGUCCCCCCAGUCAACAGACAAUUAUAACACAGCAUACAGCACGAAUCAACAGUAUUCAAUGUAUCCUGGCCAGUAUCAGCAAGCUUCUCAAACAACAGUGGCAAAGAGUGGCGUCAGUGAGUAUCUUCCUUCAUCCUACGGUAGUUACCAGCCCUACGGCACUUACGGCACUUCGUAUGAUACAAGGGGCAUGGCUGCAGCCUGCUAUCCUUCCACGAACACAACCGACAACCGUUAUGGUAUGCAUAAUUACACCAGCCCGACGUAUCAUGUGCCUCCCGUGGUGAGUCAGACCUACCAGCAACCGUCGGGAGGUUCCAACUAUUCCUACGGCUAUCACUCGCAUCCAGCGGCCUCGUACGUAACCGCCCCAUCAACAUCGCAUUCGGACGGUUCCGGCACGAAUGCAUCAUCAUAUGGAUAUCAUACCGCAUCCACAGACACCACAUCGUCGGUAGGCUACAACAGUGUGCAAAUGUCCCAUGGAGGCGGCUACCAUGGUUACCAGUCUGCGUCAUCAACUUCGGGUGCUGGCAUGGCCUCGGUGUAUCUUCCGACCUAUCUCACCCAAGUCGAAGGUACGGAUACAGCGUCCGGACUGAAAUCGAAAUCCAAAAGCGUCCCGGACAUUGUGCGUCAGCUGAACGACGAAGUGCAGGAUUCAGUCACCCGGAGGACGCGUAAUAACAGUCAAACCAUUAGCGAUCGUCAAAGUACUACUAGUACUACUUCUUCUAGCAGAAGUGGUGAAGAAAUUGGUAAGCUCUCAUCCAGCAGUGCUGACGAACAACGGCUCGAUUACACGAAGUACAAUCAGCUUGUGCAGGCGGAUCAGCAUCUUGUUAAACAAAUCAGUGCUAUGGGCUUUCCAUUGGAACGUGUAAUAUGGGUUCUGCAGCGGCUCGGCAGCGAUGACAAAAAGAUUAUCGAACACAUAAUUCCUUUGAGUGAACUUCUCGAUCUGGGCUUCGAGGUGGAAAAAAUCUCCGACGCUCUGCUAAAGUUCGGAAAUAACAAACAUAAAGCAUUGGAUUAUUUGAUUUCCUAGGACUACCGUGGCGCAAUUAGCUGGUCUCUUCCUAUUGUCUCCUGGUUUGAUACGAGGAGAAAGGUUGUAUUUAGAACGCGGAAUGGAAAUUCGAAUUCGUAUUAGUGUUGCGAGUCGUAUGGUGUCUUAAAAAAAAAAAAACGUGAUGUGAAAUUGUAAACUGAACGAUUUCCCUGUUGGCCGUAGUAUCAUCAAUCGAAAGGCUAGACGCACACGGCACGUUGACCUUUCGACCGAAAGAGAUUGUGGAAAUCAACGGAAAAAAUUAUUUUUGUCAAACCAACACUUAUUUUGGCCUUUUCUGCUUGAUAAGAACGGAAUUGUGUUUGUCCACGAACUUUAGGCUCCUAGCGAGAUUAUGAAUAUGAUCGAAAAAGAAUCGCAGCAAAACGUGUCUAACAUUCUGUUUUUUGUUUUAGGAAUCAAUAAACUUAGCGAACAAUAAAAUUACUUCAACCUAAUAAUA